AUGGAUAAAUUUAUCAGCAUGUGGAAAGUACGAGAACUCGCCGAUAAAGUAACAAAUGUUGUGAUGAACUACACAGAAAUAGAGGGUAAGGUACGCGAAGCAACAAAUGAUGAACCGUGGGGUCCAACGGGGCCACUGAUGCAAGAACUCGCCCAUGCUACCUUUACGUACGAGCAUUUUCCCGAAGUAAUGUCGAUGCUGUGGAAGCGAAUGCUGCAAGACAACAAAACGAACUGGCGGCGAACGUACAAAAGUCUGCUGUUGCUAAACUACCUUGUGCGCAACGGAUCGGAACGUGUUGUUACCUCGUCGCGGGAGCACAUCUAUGAUCUACGAUCGCUAGAAAACUAUACAUUCGUGGAUGAAAAUGGCAAGGAUCAGGGUAUCAAUGUACGGCACAAAGUGCGGGAGUUGAUUGACUUUAUUCAGGACGAUGAUCGAUUGCGGGAGGAACGAAAAAAGGCGAAAAAGAACAAGGACAAGUACAUCGGUAUGAGCUCAGAAGCGAUGGGCAUGCGCUACGGAGGUAGCAGCGGUGGUGGAGGCGGAAUGGAUUACGGUGGCUAUCGGGAUAGCUACGAUCGACGAAGCGAGGAUCGAUAUAAUGAAUCAAGGGAACACCACGAAUACGAUUAUCAGUAUGAAGGUGAAAGGGAAGAUUCUGAUGACGAAUCGACGAACGGACCACAGGAUCGUUCAACAAACCGGUACCAGGACCGAGAGCCAUCGAAAAGUCCAGCCACACGUCAAUCGUCCAACUUGUCUACUGGAUCCACGACGGCUUUUGGCGGUGGUGGAGGAACUGGUGGCAGUGAACGGAAGAUAAAUUUGAACAUCAAACCGACCGGUAGCUCUUCUACAGGAAGCACACAAAGAAGCGCACAGAAACCGACAAAGAAAAUCGAUCUCGGAGCUGCUAGCGGAUUUGCUAAGACGGCUGCAACGGCAACAUUCACCUCUUCAGCGAGUGUAGAUCAGUUUGGGAUCAAUUCUCCAACUCACCGCAAUACGCAUGCGGAAGAUAUAGUUGGUACGGGUAACGUUCCGUCCAACAAGCAGCCGGACGCGCUAGAUGAUCUUUUCAAAACGUGUCCCACGAAAUCUACUUCCGCCAGUGGUGCUCUUGUGGAUGAGGAUGAUUUCAAUCCAAGAGCGGCCGAAGAUUUCGGAGAUUUUGAAUCGGCCUUCGGUGCAAAUACCGGCAAAUCGGUGACGACGACAGCGAAGGGAGAUGAGUUUGCUGAUUUUGCAGCCUUCGGAACGGAACCAGUACAGCAAGUGACAGUAACACCGAAAGUGGAGGCAAACGCAGAUCUAUUGUUCGGUCUAAGUGUUGGAACCACUACGGGAACAUCAAGCAAUGGUGGUCAUCAAACCGAUAUUCUUUCAGAUCUAAGUGGUCUCUCUCUUGGUGCUAAUUCGAACGCAUCCAGCAACAACAGUAUCGUGUCAUCGGGUGUACAAUCGUGUAUUGUGCAUCGUUAUAACGAUCUUCUAAAGAGUAUUCGUGAACUGCCCAUGCAUCAAAAAGGUGGACUAGAUGACCGUACAAUUAAUCGAAACGAGGAAAGGAAAAUGGUGAACGAAAAGCUUGAUUUACUACUCGAAUGUCUUCCGGGACCGGUACAACCGUCAGAUGCUCUGAAAGGAUCAAAAGUAUGGGACCGAUUUGCGGCUGAAGCGUAUCCGAGUUUGCUGGAGGAACUAAUCCCGUUGAUGGGACAUUUGCAACGCUCCCUGCUGUACCGGCUUGUUACACUUGAUGCAAGCGCGCUUUUUCCGUAUGAAGCGAUCAAUGCUCUUACUCAGCGAUCCGUUUUACAAGGUUCAUCAUAUGAAAUAGCAUUGGAGCUGUUAAUACGCAUAAUAGAGGACGAUUCCGUUUUACCUGCAGCCUUCAUGCAACUAUCAAUAUACCGUAGUGAUGUAAACAUUGGUGACUACAACCUAUUUUUGCAGGCCCUUUCCGCCAUCCCCAAUAAGGUAGCCAACGCGCUUAAAACCAAAGUGCCGGAUAACGUGUUGCCCUUAACGUACAGUAGAACAAUGUUCCGCCAUUUGAUUCGUACCAUCGUAAGCUUAAAUGAUGCAGUUAUUUAUUACGAGAAUGAGAAAAUCACUACAAAACCAUCGUUACAACACGCUUAUUUAGCGAACCUGUUCAACAAAUUCAUCAUCGAUUUUCAUCAGGAACGUCGCUCACCAACGUUGCGUGCGGCACUCUACCUUCUCGUAGACGGAAUCUCUAGAUUACCGAAAAUGGCAUCUUUUAUUAAACUAAUUUUUGCUACCUUAACACCGACAGCAAUCGAAAUAAUUGUUUAUAUUGCGCUCAACGAGCGCAUUGAUCUCUCUACAAUCUUCGAACAAUCUAUACCUACCAGUUGGGCUUAUGUAUUGUUGCAAAAAAUUCCACUGUACAACUAUUAUCCCAACAAUGACACGAUCAUUCAUGAACUGAUCCAACUGUUAACACGUGUGCAAAAGGUAGAAAAUGUGAAUAGCGAACAGUGUAAUGAAAUCGCUCUCGAACGAUUAGCUCAGCAACUGCUAGUGGUGUGGUCAAGUCGCGCAUCAAUUCAACGGACUAGUUUCGAUCAGCACCUGUACAUAACGAAGCUGUUAUUGCUAUCCAUUACCACGAUAAUUGAGAACGAAACGAUUUAUACGCCAAACUCCGGGGACACAUAUCGAAGGAUAUUAUUCGACGGCUUAAAGGCUCAUUUGGAAUCACCUAUUAAGGAGGUGCGCUGCGUCGGUAUGAUAACGGUUGAGAUCAUUAUGGGUUCGAUCGACCACAAGCGCGAACAAGGCAAUUCAACGAGUGCAAAAGGCGAUGAAAAUCGACUGCGGUUUGAUUAUGAAGGAUUUAAUGCAGAUACGCUUGCCUUAAUAGAAAGCUUAAAGACCAUCGUACAACGUAAAAAUGCAUUAGAUAAGGUACGUGUUAAAAAUGAAGAAAUGAUACUGCUUGCUGUGGAAGAGCUAGCGCAUUAUAGCAGAAAACAAAUUGUCAACUUGCAAAAUCAAGAAGGUGAACAAAAACCCAUUGUACAGGUGCCAUUAGAAUCCAACAACGUGGCAAUACCGACAUCAGCGGAUAGUGACGACGAAGAAGAACAUGGCAACGAUCAACAGUCACUGGAUUCGGAUGACGAUGAGCUCCAAAUCUAUGAUAUGUCAAACGACACUAAGAUCGAACACGAGCGGUUUCGUCCAAAAUAUCUGUUAGAUUUGCGCGAUGCGCUCGUUGAAACGGAUACAACAAAACCCCCGGAACAGUUCGAGUUAGCGGUAGAUGUUGCUCCCGAACUUAUUGCCCAGCAGCUGCCCAGCAAUGAUGCAAAACUUGCACUAGAUUUGUUACAAAUUUUCCUUUCGCUCGAAGAGAAAAGUCAUAUGCCAACCUUUGGAGAGCGAAAAUUUAGCGCGCUGGUCGAAAUAUGCGUCGUAUUUCCGAAAGAAUGUGCCACCUAUCUCUGCCAACAGUUUCAUGCCGAGGUGAGCCAUCACGCUGUGAAUCGUCGCAUAUUUAUGCUGGACGUGAUGACGGAAGUGGCUAAAGUACUCUCGAACAGUGGUCCAAAGGACGAGUCUAUUAAACGGCAAGUAGAAGGCAAAGCGAUUGCACAAUCCCCAGCCCUCAACUCAGGAAACAGUAAGAAUCAACUUCUACUGAUGUUUCGCGACGAAGCAGAACAUAGAACACGUCGUGAGGAAGCCGAGCGAAUAGUACGUGAGCGAAUCGAGCGCAAAACAAGACGAUUUCGUUCGGCCUUUACUAAGAUCCGGCAAGAAGAAGAAAAGGGCACAAUUAAUCGAUACAGUGAGGUGGCUGGCUGGUUUUUCUUUCCACUGAUCCGUGGUUUUGGGGGCAACAAGUUUAUCUUCACGGCCGGUCUGAAGUUCCCAUACGACGUCGAAAACCUUCUGCUUGUCAGUUUCUUACAAGCUCUUUCCGUGCUAAUGGUGUGCGCCGAAAAUUGUCCCGUUGCUGGACGGAUGGCAAGGGAACUGUUUACGCUCGCGAAACUUUUGCGCUACAGCGAGGAACCGAAAGUGCGUCUAUCCGUAAUGCAAAUGUUAGCGGCCAUCUUUUUAGCGAUCCGAUCGGAGCUGCUGCAGGUUCAAUUCUACGAAGAGCUGCUGGAACUUAAAAAUUGGCUCGAAGAGUGCACGCAAGCUGAUGUUGUACGCAAGGGUGAAACAAAUAAAGAAUGUCGCCAGCUAGCGCAUCAUCUGCUUGCCAUGUGCUAUAGUGCAUUGAUAGACGAAAAUUAA